ACAUGGAGACGGCCAACCCGGAAGUGGCGCGGCCGCCGCGCGCCGGGCGCUAGGAGCCGCGGGUCGCUGUCCAGGCCUCGCCUGGUGCCGCCGCCGGGUCUCAGUUUGCCGCCCGCGCCCGGCGUCCCUCCGAGGUCGGUCCAGGACGGCCGCUUCCGACCCGCUCUCCCAGGCCUGCGCCACUCUCGGGGGAGGAGCCGAGGCGAGGCGAGGCCGCGCGGGCGGAGGGAGCCAGGCCCGGCGGCUGCCGACGGUUCGUAUCAGCCGGGUCGGAGGAGGAGCCGGGCCGCGCGGGGCUGAGGCCGGGCCGUAGGGGCACAGGCCCCGGCACGGCGGCGACGCGAGGCGCGGGGCUGCGCGCGGAGGCCCGGACGGCGCGGAGGUGAUGUGGGCCCCUGUGCUUCUACGGAAGAAAGGGACCCCCGCAGCGGCGGCGGCCACCGGGCCGGUCCUCUUGACAUCAGCCCUUAGGGACCUCGGGGCAGCCCUGACUCCCCAGCUCGCUGAAGUGCCCUUAAGGAUGCAGUGAUCAGGGUACGGGACUCUCCCCGCGGGAGGGGCGCUGCCUGUGCUUCUGAACUCUGCUCAGAGAAAAACAAAAACAAAAAGAAAAAACAAAACCGAAAAACAAAACAAAACAAAAAAAGCCCCAGAAUGAUGCUGUCUGAGCAAGCCCAAAAGUGGUUUCCAACCCACGUGCAGGUCACAGUGCUCCAAGCUAAAGAUCUGAAGCCAAAAGGCAAAAGUGGCACCAAUGACACAUACACCAUAAUUCAGUUGGGCAAAGAGAAGUAUUCUACAUCUGUAGCGGAGAAAACCCUGGAGCCGGUCUGGAAGGAGGAGGCCUCUUUUGAGCUGCCUGGGUUGCUCAUGCAGGGUAAUCCGGAGAAAUACAUUCUUUUUCUUAUAGUGAUGCACAGGUCCCUGGUGGGACUGGAUAAGUUUUUAGGGCAGGUGGCAAUCAAUCUCAAUGACAUCUUUGAGGACAAACAAAGAAGGAAAACAGAGUGGUUUAGAUUAGAAUCAAAACAAGGAAAAAGAAUAAAAAACAGGGGUGAGAUAAAGGUCAAUAUUCAAUUUAUGAGGAACAACAUGACAGCAAGCAUGUUUGACUUGUCAAUGAAGGACAAGACGAGAUCACCUUUUGCAAAAUUAAAAGAUAAGAUGAAAGGCAGGAAAAGCGACGGGGUGUUUUCUGAUACGUCCUCUGCCAUCGUUCCGAGCACUCACAUGCCUGAUGCCAAUCCUGAGUUUUCAAGUGGUGAAAUGCAGAUGAAAUCCAAACCAAAAAAGCCUUUUCUUCUGGGUCCUCAGCGGCUCUCUUCUGCCCAUUCGAUGUCUGAUUUAACUGGGUCCCACUUAUCUUCUGAGAAGCUGAAGUCUAGCACUGUAGGCCCAACACAUCUUCUCAGUCACCAGAUAAAUUCCUUUGGAGUUGUUCCAGAAAGCGGAAGUCUCAAGUCUCCACACAGACGAACACUAAGCUUUGAUACUUCUAAAUUGAACCAACCUGGCAGCAUUGUGGAUGAAGGUGAACACUGUUUUGGAAGACAGAAUGACCCAUUUACAAAUGUGACUGCUUCAUUACCCCAAAAAUUUGCAACACUGCCAAGGAAGAAGAAUCCAUUUGAAGAAAGCAGUGAGCCAUGGGACAGCAGCACGAAUUUAUUUUCAAAAUCAAUUGAAGUCAGGAAAGAAAGUAAGAGAGAGAAAAGGGAGAAGGUGAGCCUCUUUGAAAGAGUGACUGGGAAGAGAGAUAGCAGGAGAUCUGACAAGCUGAACAAUGGGGGAUCUGAUAGCCCAUGUGACUUGAAAUCACCUAGUGCUUUUAGUGAAAACCGGCAGGACUAUUUUGAAUAUGAGUCAACCAACCCGUUUACAGCAAAAUUCAGGGCUUCAACUAUAAUGCCAUCUUCAAGUUUUCAUAUGAAUCCAACAAGCAGUGAUGACCUCAGGAAAAUCCCGGAUAGCAAUCCUUUCGAUGCCACGGCUGGGUACCGGAGUCUGACCUACGAAGAGGUGCUGCAGGAGCUGGUGAAGCACAAAGAACUCCUUCGGAGGAAGGACACCCACAUCCGGGAGCUAGAGGACUACAUCGACAACCUCCUUGUCAGGGUGAUGGAAGAGACACCCAGCAUCCUGCGAGUGCCCUAUGAGCCAUCCAGGAAAGCUGGCAAGUUUACCAAUAGCUAGUGGGAGUCAAGAGGACUGUUUAUAACUGGGAAGAGCGAGAGGGAGAGGGAGAGAGUGAGAGAGAGAGAGUGAGAGAGAGAGAGCGAGCGAGCAGGAAGGGAGUAAGGAUGUGUUACUGGAAGAGACUGCACAGUCAGGCUUCACCUUCUCCCCUCUGUCACUGGGAACAAUUGUCAGCCCUGUUCAUACUCACAGGUAUUAUCAAGAAUAACCUUUGGAGUGGGUAAAAUACUCUAAAUUAUUAAACCGAAAAUGAGCCAUGCCUGGAUGACUGAGCAGUUCUCUGGCAUCACUUGGGUACUGGUGCUGGACCCUGUCUGCCAUAGGCCUGGAAAUAUCUUCAGGAGCCAUGAGUGAUUCCUCAGGAAUAGAUUCCAUAAAGCAGAACCAAUACUGUGGUUGGAUUCUCAGAAGUCAGUCUGUAGACACACCCAGUGUCAGGAACACUGCUCAUUAUAAACACUACUGAAAAACGUUCCUCAUACCUGACUAUGUAUGUUCAGUGUUUAUGUAUAUAAAGUACAUGCAUAUACCUCAUAUACACGUGUGUUCUUAAGACAUUUAAAAACAAGUGGUUGCCUCUAAGGUUAGGCUAUCAAUCUCAGAGUUUAGAAUGCGCUUUUGCAGUAUACUCCCAGGAGCACUUGUCACCAGGGCCACCCCACCUCUGUGGAGAAGCUAUUUCAACCCAGUCCUGGUUCUCUGAACCCUGAUUUUGAAGAGAUUCACUACAUCCAGCUCCAGCUUCUAACUUUAUCCCUGAUCACUGCCCCUUAAAGUGAUGAUCUCUACUCUCUUCUCAAAGAAUAACAAAAUUUAGAGCUCUUUAUUCUUUUCAUAGAAGCAUGGAUUUCUUCAGCCAAUGUUCUGCUAGUGUUUGAGUUUAUGGAAGUGUAAGCAAGAGAUAGGGUAGUAUGGUUUGUUAUACUGUGUAUUGAGAGCAGAGACAACUGUGCAAGUUAUACCUAACAGUGAGCUGGGGGAUGGGGGAUUGUCUAUUGCCUGAUAACCCAAGGCAACAGCAAGUUCUAGCAAGGAAGGUGGGCUUGAUUUCAAUUUCAUUAAUAGAACAGAUGGUUGCCUUUGAGCCCUGAACCAAAGACUCACUGCAACCGUGAGUGUUGAGAGCAGGCUUCCACCAGUUCAGCGUGAGGCGACCCACAUCCACCCUUGGGGAUUGAUGUCACACUGUGGGGGUCUUUGUUUAAGCCUGCCUCCCUAGAAUGGUAGUUUUCUGUGGAUUAACUUUCUGUGUUUGUAUAAAAUUAUUCUAAAAUGUAAAGUGAAGAGGGAUGAGACGAGAACACUGCAGAUCUUCUGCUGCUAUUUAACCUUCCAGAUCUAAACACUGAAGUGGACGGUCUUUCUGAGCUGAGGAAGUGAAGACCUGCUGCAUAGAGGCUGGGGCUGGGUGCACUCCUUAGCCCUAUAGUGAGGUGCAUUUUUAGUAAGACUUCCCUGAAAAUCAAAUGAAAACACAGAUUAUAGUUCUGCUGAUUUUCUUAUUCUUUUUAGUCACAAAAUCCCUUGUUAACUAUAUUUUCUGAAUUUCUGUGGUUUUCUGGAAAACAUGGAUUUUGAAGUGAAUUUUUUCCCCAAAUACAAACUUUAGUACUUUUCUAAAAUUAAAAUAGAGGAGGAAAAUGGAUUUUUACAAUCAGUUUUUCUUCCAUUUAAUUAAUAAUUGAUGUGAUUCUGUAAUAAACUUCAAAGUUUAAAGUAGAUUUGAUUUUCCAAUGUGAAGUCUUGGUAAAUAUUAUUUUAAUGGUGCCAUUUAAAAUUAACAUUUAUUAGAUGUCAUCAAAUUCUUAGCAUAUUUUGACCAUGACAUUGCUGAGGCUCUACAACUUUUUGAAGCACCUACAUUCAUGUAUUUAGUAUUAUGAGCUGUCUGCAGGUGCAAUAACAUGUGUUAGCCAAGGGCGUCCUUUCCAGAGUCUCAGUCUAGUAGAGACCCGAGCUGUCUGUUGCUUUUGUCCUCGGAAUAAGUUUCCCAUCAAUCUUACCUAAAAAGCCUGGUUCAAAUGACAUUGUUGCUUUUACGAGGAGGCAGUCAUAAGGCACAGUUUUGCCUCCAUUAGAAUCUGUGUAUGUGGAUUCAACAGCCUUCCUGACUGCCUGACUGAAUGGGUAUUUGCUUUUCAGAAUCUGAAGGAAAGCUUUGUCCAGGAACAGUCUGGUAGGCAGUGAGAUUUAUCUGAGGCGCAAUUGUUGUUGCUAAGUAAAAACAAAUGUCUGAGACAAAUGAAAAGUCUGCAUUUACACUCUGGAAAAUGUGUUCUAGUGGUCAGAACUUCACUCGUGAACUUAAUGUUUUAUCAUUAGUUGACAUAGACUUACAAGUAAAACAAGCUCCAAAGUAAACACAGCAGUGGCAGGUGGGGGCUGGGCACUGUAGGAAGAAGGCCGGAAAGACACUUGGUUAUCUUCCAAAUGGAACAUGGAAUAUUCAAUGAUUUAUUUUUAUAUUAACUUAGACGUGGAAAUAAGCGUGCAUGUACAAUAGAUUUUUAAGGACAUUUUAUUUCUGAUUUUAGCAUAAAAAUACAUACUCAAAAACACUUCUAUCAACAAGAUUUUUUAAAAUCACAGAAUCAAGCCUGAUCUAAGUUAACACACUUCUGUUACAUAAUUAAACUAUUUCUUAAAACAACAACAACAAUAACAACAGUAUUUUACAACCAGUCUCUUCUCAGUUCUAAACUCAGCUUGACAGUAUUGCUACCCCACCCUGCCACUGGGACUUAAGUGUCAUUCUUUAAAUACCAAGGUCAUUGCUUUGAGUUGUAUAUAAGAUACCAUGUAACCUACUCAUGGUAAGUGUUGGAAGCAUUGCCUUUUGCUGCUCUGUUCUGCAUUGACCCCAGUUUUGCCCUCCUCCCAUGAAUGUAGUAUUAUUCAUAGAUUAUACAUAACUACAUGUAUUGCUUUUGGCAGUAAAUCAAGUUCUAGUUGUAAUUUUCCAGCUGUGAAAAUGUUGCCUUGUAUUUAAAAGGGUUUCACGAGUGGAAACCUAAGUAAAUAAGCUCAUUAGUGACCAACCUGCUUCUUCAUGUUCCCCUUCCCAUCUCCACAUUCCUCCUGCACCCUGCUUCCCACCACCAUGUGAGUGCUUAUUCUUAACAAGGAGAAUCUUUAAAAAUGAGAAAUAAAAAAGAAAGACCUGCUAUCUCUAAGUAUCUAUAGUAACUGUUACACUAAGCUUCUGUUUUCCCCUAAAAAUUAAAAGCAGCUUACCUGGAUUAGAAAAGCAGGCUGAGACUCCUUGCUGUCUGUGCCAUCGUCUGUCUCUAGGUGCAGUAGGUGUCACUUGUGUGUGCGUGUGGGUGAAGUGUGAGCAUGCCCAGUCAUUUGAUCUCUUCUCAGAGGGAAGGACUGCACUGCAAGCUCGUGGUGCUAUUGGAGAGGGUCUGUCAGCACAUACUGAAAGCCCCCCAUUUUCACAGAUUUAUAACUUUAAUAAUCCAGAUGCUGUCCUUGGAAGUAUUUAAUAUGCAAUAGGUAGCACCUUUACUAAUUAAUCUGCAUAUGAAGGGCUUCCUGAUGUAUCUAAUAAGAUGUGUAGAAGCUCUUCAAGCAUUAAACUAAAGUUGACGUUUUAUUUCAUUUACUUUUCUCUGUCAAAAAAUAUCAACCACUUACAAUGGAAUUGAAGUCUGUUACCUAAUGGUAUUAGGGUCUUUUAAUUUCUGAAGCUUCUAGAUUGUUUGUAUUGUGAGGUACAGAAGAAAAUGCUGCAGAUCUAGAAAUGUAUGUUCUUAGCACGUGUUUGAAUGAUGUAAGCAUUAUUUAUAAUUGAAAAGUACUACCCCUACAUUCCUAAGUCAAUGCUUAGUAACUCAUAUACAUUUUUGCAGGUACAAAAGUAUAUAAACAUUGUAUAAUGUGACAGUUGUAUAAUUUAUGUAAUCUGAUGCAUGAGUCAGAAUUUUUAUAUAUGAUAAUUGAUUUGUUAUAGUUGAUUAAAGUGUUUAAACUUAA